GGCACGAGCCGGCAGGGAGAUGGCGGCGAGCUGGCUGUGUGGCUCUGGUGCCCUGAGAGCUGUGUGGAGAGGCUGUGUCUCGUUACCAGUGAAUAGGAGUGGCUGUCGCUAUACGAACCUGGAAUGGGCUCUACAGACUCGUUGUUACAUUUCUGCUCCAUGUAGCGUGACAAUACAACAAUGCAGGCAAGGCAGCUUUUUCAACAAAUUGACAGCUGAUGAGCUGUGGAAAGGGGUUUUGGCAGAGACCGGUUCUGGAGCAAGGAAGGGAAGAGGAAAGCGAACCAAGAAAAAGAUCAGGAAGGAUCUCAAUAGAGGCCAGGUCAUCGGUGAAGGACGUUCUGGUUUCCUUUGGCCUGGUCUCAAUGCUCCUGUGCUGAAAAGUGGGGUAGUCCAGACAAUUGGUCAACGAGACAAAGAGGAGCAGGAGAAGGUGCAGGCUGAAAUUAUCCGGCGGAGGGAUGAGUGGGAGAAGAGAAGAAAAACAAAGGUGAAGAGAGAGAGAGGCUGGACUGGAAAUUCCUGGGGAGGCAUCAGUCUGGGACCCCCUGAGCCAGGUCCUAAUGGAGAAACUUACGAAGACUUUGACUCCAGGGUAAUUGAGGUGAAACAUGUAUUUAAUAUGACAGCAAAGGAAGGCAGAAGAAGAUCAGUUAGUGCCCUAGUGGUUGUUGGAAAUGGAAAUGGGGCUGCAGGUUUUGCAGUGGGGAAAGCAAGUGACAAGAUGACAGCUUUAAGAAAAGCAAAGAACAGAGCAAUUCACUAUUUACACUAUGUAGAGCGAUAUCAAAACCACACAAUUUACCAUGAUAUUACAACAACUUUUAAAAGAACAACCAUCCGGAUGAAAAAGCAAAACAAAGGGCAUGGUCUUCAUUGCCAUCGAGCCAUCAUUACCAUCUGCAAGCUGGUUGGGAUUACAGACCUGUAUGCCAAACUUUCUGGAUCCAACAAUCUACUUAACCUCACCAGAGCUCUCUUUAAGGGUUUAGCAAAGCAGGAAACCCAUCAAGAGCUAGCAGAUAAGAAAAGCCUCUACGUGGUAGAAUUCCGUGAGGAGUGUGGCCCCCUGCCGAUCGUAGUUGCUUCACCUAAUGGAGAUGUCAGGAAGGAACCAGAACCUAUGGAUGAGGUUCCCAAUACCAAGCUGGAAUGGAGCGAAGUGAGAGUAGCUCAAGGAAUGAAACGUUCUUCCUGGGCACAUGUCAAAAGGACAGUGUGGUGAAGAGCUGGGAUCUGCCCAUGCCAAUACUCAGAGGUACCGCAGCACAAACCCAGAGAAAGUCCAGCUCAGACGGAUGAUUUGGCUAGACGUGCACUUCAGCACCAUUUUGUGUUACUGCUGCUCUGCCUUGGAUGCUCAACAGUCUCGUUGGCUUUUCUGCAAACUUCUCUUGCCAUCCACAUUCAGCUAAUGAACAAUCUGAAUGUAAAUGGCUGAUGUGCAGCCAUGCUGAUUUCAUACUCACCAGGUCUCUGCUGCUAUCCUUAGACCUGGUCUGUAAUCAGGAAACCCUAGUGUUUUCUUUACAGAUAUUUAGGAAACUAUUAAAAACAUU